AUGUAUCUGCAGGUUAGGAUGUAUUAAUUAUAAUAUGUGAAUGGAAAUAAUUAAUGGUAUUACUAAUAAAAAUUGAAUCAACAUUUAGAUUUGAUAUUUUGUUUAUUAUUGAAUAAUAAUGAUGAUCUAAUUCUAUCUGGGAGUAGGGAUAAUACAAUUAAAUUUUGGAUUAAAUAGAAUGAAUGGUUUUGUUAAUAAACCAUAAAUGAUCAUGUUAAUUCUGUGUAUUCAAUAAUUUGGGAUGAUCAAUAAAAUAAAUUGAUUUCUUGUUCAUAUGAUAAAUAAAUAUUAGUAAUAGAAUAUUCAUAGUUUGAUAAAAAUUGGAGUGUAAAAUAAAAGAUAAAAAUAGAUUAGUAAGGAUAUAGAUUAUGUUUUAUAAAUGAUAUUCUAAUCUUUUUGUAAAGAAUAAAUCCAAAUAUACGAGAUGGAUAAUAAUACUAAAUAGCAUAGGAAGACAAAGCAAAUUAAUGUUAAAUGUGGAUUAAAUGA